AGAUAGCGCGCGGUAUAAAAGUGAAGUGCAUGCCUCGGUCGGAGCGCGCGUUUCAACUGACUUGGCCGUGUAUUCCUACGCUGUAGUCAACGCGAACUUCUCAUUUCAUCCUGUGUCGCUGGAUUGUUUACAUUUCUCACUCAGCAAAGAAACAUUGAGCGUGGCUUUUUGUGUGAACUCACGGAUUAACGUAAUAAAACUUUGGAUUUAAAUUCACUUGGAUAUUUAUUCACGUUGGAUUUUAUACUAAAAAAAGAAAAUUAACCUGAGUUUGUUAAAGUGAUGAGUACGAAUACAAACAUUAACACGACGGAUCGUUAAAAGUUAAAAUCUGAUACUGGAAUAAAUCCUAAUGGCACCGCCUGGGGUGAACUCAUUCUAUGAUUACCUGGACAACAUCAUGACCACCGGAUCUAGCUGUUACCUGUCGUCGUCCAAGCUCUCCGUCAUCGGAUCGUUAUCUCCAUCCUCCUUCAAACCCUCCUUCGGUCCCCUGUCGCCGUCGACCUACUCCAUAGGGCUGUCGGUCAUUCAUUCUGACCACGAUUACGUCAUCAAACCGGCCCAGGUGACGUGUCAGUCAAGGUCAGAUGUGGCCGAGAAAUUGUCGCCAGCAGACGAUGAGAGCAAUUGUGUGGGUGAUGCAAUGCUCAGCAGCGCCGCAGAUUUCGGAAAUUUAGCAGACGAUAACAUGACGGGCUCGGAUUUCCUGCAGGAUUUAGAUAAUAUUGACUUCAGCCUGGCCGACCUUGACCCCUGCAGCGACAUGACCAUGGAGGACAGUUUCCAGGACUUCAUCGACUCCGCCAUCGACAAAUCUGUCCAACCGUUUUUCGGCGCCGAUAUGGACGGCGAGGCGCCCCAGCCCCACAACACCGUCAUCUACAACAAGGAAGAGUUCCUCCACCGGCUGGGGUUGACGCCCACCCCGACACCUGACGUACAGGCACACCUGGUCAGCCCUAACUCCGAACCAUCCCAUCCCACGCUCCACAGUUCACCUUUCACCUCUGACCUGAUCCCGACCAAAAAGGGGUCGUGUUCCUGCUCCGAGACCACCUCCUGUGUGGUCUACUCCACGGCCCACAGCCAGCACAUCGUCCAGACCUGCUCCAGCACCGUCAAGUCCAGCAACCCGCUCCACAAGGGCGUCAACCUACAGCUCUACUCACACGAACCCAUGACUCCGCUCACCAUUGACACGUCUUUCACAGACCUCCCUGAAACAUUCCACAUCGACUUGGACAAUUCCACACACUCGGAUGAUGAAACGGACAUGUGCACGGAGGAUUCCGAAACGGUGGAGUUCCUAAAAUGGUUACAUGACGACCCGGAUCACGACAAAGACAUCAACAACAACAACUCAGCACCUGUCGUAUCACCUGUCAGCUCGGACAACAGAAUACCUGAGUCUGUGGACUUUGAAUCUUUUGUCAACCUUGAAGACCUUGCCUCCGCUGAUUCCAUCUCCCUCCCCACCCCACAGUCAGUUGACUCUCAGACAAGCCCCCAGUCCCCUCAGGAUAAAACCCAUCCCCAUCUUCGAUUUUCUUUCAUCCCUGAAUCUCAUUACACCAGCAAAAACUUGAAAACAGACAGUUUGUCCUCAGGAUCCCCAUACACCAUCCAGAACUCUCCAUUCCACGCCGUCUCAGACUACUGCAGCACCCAGAAGUGGCCCUCGUCCGCCCACACGUCGCCCUCGGCAUCACCCUCGUCCAUCAGCAGCACCGACUACAUGUGGGUGUCCUCCACAGAGAGCCAACAGUUGUCCCUCCUCUCACUUUUCUCAGACGAGAACGCACCUGCGUUACUCCAGAGCGAGUGCUCACUCCCAGAGAUCAGAUUCAUCUAAACAAAAAUACCUGACCUUGACCCUUAGACGGUCAGACCACCUGACCUUUGAACUUACAGGGAAUUUACCUGUUUGGAUGCCGUAUGUGAGCACUGACAGGUAUUUUCCUAGCUCUGUUUUAAAGAGAUAGAAAAGCCAAUAGGCCAGUGUCUGGGCGCCGUCCUAUCCUAUAGGGAGCCAUGUCAAGAAACCAUCCAUCCCUAUUAUCCACGUCCUGUAAUAAAUAACCUAUCCAGUUUCUGUGAUUUCUGCUUGAUGUAAAGUGGAUUAGAAUCAAAAUAAGAUCUAGCACUUAAUCUGGUGCCGGAUUAACCAAUAUGCAAAGACAUGCGGGCUCACCAGGCAUUAAUAUCAAGGGUUCCAUGUUCCAUAUAAGCUUGAACUGCGUUACAUAGCUUGACCAGCUUCGACCCCGUACCUUGCUAGAAAUGCUAGAGCUGUACACGAAAGAGCCUGACCAGCUAUGAUCGUGCUAAAGUAACUAUGACACUGUAACCCCUACCUGCGGAGUAGCGCAGUGCUGAUAAUCUAGUCGUUUAUUUUUCUAUCGCCAGCUGUGAUGAUUUCAACAGAUUUAUUUUUUUAUUUUUACUUCAAUAAAUUUGUCUUUCACUGUUA